AUGGGCAGUGGCGAGUCCAAAGCGGAGAAGCUGCACGCUCAGGGUUGUUACGGAGGAAACGACUUUUUGAAGGAUGGCAAACUCGGGAAAAUUCAGUUAGCUGUCCGCCUUCUGAGCGAGGCAGUUGACGAGGCGCCACUGGACCACCCGAAACGCGCACUGUUGCUCAGGGACCGAGGCAGCUGGGGCGGAUACUUGUAUGAACGCAGCGGCAAAGCGCAGGACUUCACAGAGUCAGUCAAUGCCUGCGAAGAGGCUAUCUCAUUGGCAACGCCAGAACACGCGGAUCGACCGAUCACCUUGAUCACAUAUGGAGACCUCCUCAUGAAACAAUACCGAAGGGAGAAGGUAGACGCAAAUCUCGAGAGGGCGGAAAAGCUAUACGAGGAGGCAGUCCGCCUUACACCACCUGGCCACGAGUAUCGGAUGACCAGUAUGCUUUCACUAGGCGAUUGUCUCAUCUCAAAAUUUGAGAAGACAAAAGAUAUACAAGACAUCGACAAGGCCAUUAAAUGCUGUAAGGAUGGCAUAGCCGCUACAAAGCCCCCAGACUUGCCAGUCUGGGGCUACUCUGCUCUCAGCGCCUGCUACCAGGCCAAGUAUGAGGUGACCAAGGCGCGCAGCGAUAUCGACGAAGCCGCCAAUGCUGCGCGCAAAUCUGAGCAGCUCUGUCCCGAACAUCCGUAUGGUCUCACCGCCCUUGUGAAAUGCUGUAGCACCAGUUAUAAGCAAACCCAGUCACUCAAGGAAAUCAACAGCGCAAUUGUCUAUGGACAAAAAGCCCUUAAGGCAGCGGGGGGUUUGAAUCAGCUCCAGUGGGAAGAGAAUAUCCGCAUCUUGGGUGAUCAGUACGACGCAAAAUAUGCCAAAACUCUGAACGAAGAGGAUCUCGAUAACUGUAUUUACUGUCGCCGGGAACAAUCCAAGGUCUUGUGUGACGCAGAUCCCGCCCGGGCACAUUGUCUUUACCUCCUCUGCGGCUUUCUUUUCAAGAAGUAUCAAGCAACAGAUAAGCAUCAAGCAGCAGAGGCUGUUAAGGUCCUUCUAGAAGCUAUCUCAGCGGGAGAGAAAGGCGUCUCGGCCCAGUGGCUUGUGCCCAACGAUUCGGAGCGAGUGGCGCUGCUUGACUUAUUGUCUUCCUGCUACAAUGCUAAGCUUGCAAGGAAGGAUCUUGGCAAGGCAAAAGACCUUCAGAAAGCCAUCUCUUUCGGUGAGGAGGCUCUUCAGAGAAUGGCCCAGGAUGAUCCGCGUAGGGCAGAGAUAGAGAGGAAGGUCAAUGCAUUGAGGGUGGAUGGUUUCUAUAAAGAACCCAAUAAGUAG